GCAGACCGGCCCUAGAAGGCGACGGGAAGGAGCGGGAUUCCGGGCGAUGGCGGCGCCCGGAGCGCUGCUGGUGAUGGGCGUGAGCGGCUCGGGGAAAUCCACCGUCGGCACCCUGCUGGCAUCCCAGCUAGGAUGGAAAUUCUAUGAUGCAGAUGACUAUCACCCAGAGGAAAAUCGAAUGAAGAUGGGAAAAGGGAUACCUCUGAAUGACCAGGACAGGAUUCCAUGGCUCUGCAACUUGCAUGACAUUUUACAAAGAGAUAUAGCCUCUGGACAGCAUGUAAUUCUUGCCUGUUCAGCUCUGAAGAAAGUAUACAGAGACAUCUUAAUACAAGGAAAAGAUGGUGCACCUCUGAAGUGUGAUGAGUCAGGAAAGGAAGAAAAGCUGGCUGAAGUGAAGCUCCUUGUGGUCCAUCUGACUGGGUCGUUCGAGGUCAUCUCUGGACGCUUACUCAAAAGAAAAGGGCAUUUUAUGUCCCCUGAGUUAUUGCAGUCCCAGUUUGAUACUCUGGAGCCCCCAUCAGCUCCAGAAAAUUUCAUUCAAAUCAGUGUGGACAAAAAUCUUUCAGAGAUAAUUGCUACAAUUAUGGAAACUCUAAAAUGA